AUGUCGUUGAACCAGGGUGAUAAGCCACUGAGUAAUCGGUGCACUAGAAUCGAAGUCGAGCUAGAGAAGACUGACCAGCAUAAUUAUCCGGAAUUUUCUUUUCUGUCACUGAAAAAUGAGCUUGAAAAAGCGACUGAGGUUGAGGGAACGGCUGCUGAUCCUGCCAAUAAAGAUGAGGACGAGUGCGCAAGAAUUGCCGCAAUGCUCGAAGCGAAAUACAGUAAUUUUGGGAAUACAGCGUCCUUCGACAAGAAAAAGCGCCGACGACACGAAAGAAUAGAAGAUUUCAUGGACAUGGGCGAAGGAUACGACCAGGACGAUGAUUUUAUUGACGACUCUGAAGCGCAUGAAAUUUUUGUUCCGCAGCAAUACGACACCUGGCACGGCGGGUUCUACGUUAAUCAGGGCCUGUUGAGGUUGAAAAUGGCGGAUACGGCGGAAGAUGAAGUUACGUUGACGGCGGGGACGAAGCAGCGGAAUUUCGGGAAACCGGUUUCAGAAUCUGGAGAAAGCGACUCGGAAAAAUCUGACGAUGAAUCGAACUCUCAAGGUGACGGUAAAGACGAAGUCGAUAAGGGAAAGAAAGAGGAUGAGGGUCCAAAGCGAGGUAGGCCGCCAAAGAGUCAAGAAGCAAAAGCAAAGCCUGUGGCCGAGGCAAGUACAAAAGGAACUCCUGGAAGGCCACCGAAGAAUCCUGAAAGCAAAGCGACUCCUGGAAGACCGCCAAAGUCGCCAUCAAAAACAGCUGAACCGAAAAUCGCCGAACCACCUGUUUCGCUACCUGACGCGGAUCUUCCAGAGAACAUUCGAACGAAAUGCAACACUCUUCGAAAAAUCGCCGAAGCUUCAAAAGGCAUGUCAUCUCAAAAGUUCUUCUCUUCUUCUGUCCUCGACUUACUUGUCGAAAUCGACAAUCAUAUUAAAGAUGUUUCUCCGAAGAUCCGAAACGCGACGCUUGAAUACAUCUCCGAACCGAUGCCCUGCAAAAAAGACACCUUGAUGUUGCGCCUGAAAAAGAUGCGAAAGGAUAAAGUCGAGUCAAUCAUCAAAGAACCGUUUGACAAGUUCACCGUUAUGAUCAAAAAGUGCGUUGAUAUUCAAACGAUCAAAUACGAAGGCCAACUUGAGAAUUUUAACAAGCGCCUCGCCGAGUACAACGAAAAGUCCAAAUCCGAUCCAAAUAUGAAGAAGCCCCGGCAGCCGAGUAAAAACUUCAACUGGACAGCCGAUGCCAAAGCAGAUCUCUUUGACUUGGUCAAAAUCAAGGAAAGCCUUUAUGCGAUACAGAAGCCAAAAGAUACAACGCUAGAAGCGUGGAUCAAGGAAUUCGUAAAUGUGGAAGUCAAAAGUCUCUUUCCGCCGGGAUGGGUUACCUAUGAAAAGCUAGAAAAGGUGAUUGGAAUUGAGAAGAAUAAACGCGAAAUGGAAGCGAAUGGCGGGAUCCAAACGAAUGGAACGCCUAAAGUUGAGAAGAAAGUUGGAGAAAAACGAAAGCUAAUGGACUCUCCUAUCGAUCAGCAGAAACUAAAAACAGCGAAUUCCUCACAACCAUCAAAAAUAUCAAAACCAAGUCCAGAAGCGAAGCCAUCUCCUGUUCAAGCCGCCACAGCAGUCGUAAAACAGCUUCCAGUUCCAGUUACUCAAGUUAAUCAGAAUACAACUCUUUCGACAGAACAGCAACUCAUAGCACAGAAAGUGAUUCAGAUCGCGAUCGAAAAAAAACGAAAAGAACUCGAAGAAAAAGCCGCGGCGGAGAAAAAUAAGAAAGCUCAAGAGCAGCACAUGCAAAACUUGAUGAAACAGCUGCAAAAUAGCCAAAAUGGAGGAACGCAGAAUAAAAUUGCGAAGGCGCCUCCAAAGUCGAAAAGAUCUCCAAAAGAACUGAGAGAACAACUUGUUAAAAUUCAGCAGCAAAACGCGAAAGUGCAAAAAACGACGGUUGAAAGUCAAAAGAUUAGCCCAUCACCACCGAAGUCUUCGCCAAAACCGAUUGCUCCAUCUCCCAGUCCGUCUAAGUUGCCAUCGAUGUCCCUUCCAAGUAUUCAUCAAAUCGCAUCUUCGCCAACGAAAACGAGCGUAAUCAAAGUCAGUCCUGUCAAAGUCCAGAAUACUCAACUUUUCCAACAACCGACUAUCGCGAACUCGCCCCAACUGCAAGCUGCAACGCGUCGACUUUCUAAUGAAAACUCAAAUGUCGUUGUCUUCCCUCACACGAUGCAGCAUCAAGUCUCUCCAGUAUCAACAGGCGUCACCCAGCAACAGCAGCAUGUAUCGCCAGUGCUUAUCCAGCAGCAAAAGUCUCCGAGCUCGUCGAGUUUUAGCAUUAACAAUUUGGUCUCACAGUCGAAAAGUACCUCUCAAUCAUUUAUCGUUCCAGUGUCUCAGGUUCAAAAUAUCAGCCGUCAGCAAGUUCAAAAUAUUCCAAUUUCUCACAAAACUUCAACUAUUUCAACAAAUGCUCAGGAGUACUUCGUUCAAAAACAAGCAGUUCCUCAAAACAUUGUUCAACAGCAGCAACAGCAGCAGCAUUCAAUGACGACGCAAAAUCAAGGGCUUAUCCAAGCAAGACUUCAGCAAAACGGUCAUCCGUCUGCUUAUCAAUACAUGGAGACGACAAAUGGAGUAUUUUUGGGAACAAAUCCUAUUCAAAAUUUGCCUACUGACCCACUAAACUCUAUUGAACCAACACUGCCAAUCGAUAUGCCUUUCUUUAACGCUUCCAGGCAGCUUUCGGGGGACAAGGUAUCCCGUCUUGCAUGUUCAAAGAACGACUCCGCAGAAAAGAAUAUAUUACUAUCCUUCUAA